AUGCCCAAGACCCGGGGUUUGAGAAAUGGAUCGACUGGUUUGCUGAGCCGCUGGCAUCUAUCUCAAGCCGAGGACAUCGAAAAGGAAAAGUCACAGCGUUUCACUCUCGGGUCUGGUGCCGCGGAGGAAAAGCACAUUGCGGCCGUCGUCGGCGAGCCCAAGGAAGAUUCCGAGUCUCCCGUCAACAUCGCCGGCUACAUGACUCCGACAAAGCCCGGUAGACUCGACCGAUGCCUCGACGCCCUCGUCACUGCCUCCGGAUCCGAGCCUAUCUUACCCAUUCUCGCUGCCGGCCUUCUGGCUUGGGCUUUCGCCGGAACUCGAUACGGCGAGCAAGUCUACUGGGCCGGGCUGGCUUCCAACCACUUGCCCUGCCUUUCUCGGCCACUUUCCCACUAUCUGCAUGCCGGCCACACCAGUCAGUGGGAGGGGGCUGCGCCGGAAACCGUCAAGCUAAAGGAUGCAGUCGUGCCUGACGAGAUCGGCGUACCCGCGCCAGAGAAGGCCACAGUCAACCUCAGCUCCGUCAAUCGGCUAUCUAACGCCAUGGGCAUCAUCUGUGCGCACGAGUUUGCCGUCAUCUGGGGCGUGGUAGUCGCCAUGGCGCUGGUCGUCGGUGCGAGUACAAUGGCGUGGACCAACACGGGGCAGCUGCUCUGCCAUAUUCCGCCCAGUAGUAUCGUUGAAACAUUCUUGAUGGUGAUUCUCAUCGCGGCCCGUAACUUCGCCGAGGCUGCCUGGUGA